ACUCCCAUAGUGCUGUGCACUGCCAACGUAGGCAAACAGGAACAUGGCUACCGGCGUCUAACGCAAACAGACCGUGUUGAAACCCUCUUCUGUGGCCGAACGACAUCCACCGUGUCCCCGCGACAGAAGCAAAGCCUCCUCGUAGAUUCCACCAGUGGAGCCGCAGGGUCUGUGAACGCAUCGUCGGCUCCUUCAUCGCUCUCAGCUUUAGGUCAAAAUGGCAAGCCCAAGGACCAGAAGAGUUCUGAAGGAAGUGAGAACCCAGGAUGAGAACAAUUUGUGUUUUGAAUGCGGGGCUUUCAACCCUCAGUGGGUUAGUGUGACCUAUGGCAUCUGGAUUUGUCUUGAGUGCUCUGGAAAGCACAGAGGCCUGGGAGUGCAUCUCAGUUUUGUGCGUUCUGUUACCAUGGACAAGUGGAAAGAUAUCGAGCUGGAGAAGAUGAAAGAAGGAGGAAAUGGGAAAUACCGCUUGUUUCUCGAAAUCCAAGACGAUUAUGAUCCCAACUGGAAUUUACAGGAGAAAUACAACAGCAAAGCUGCUGCGCUCUUCAGGGACAAGGUUGCAACUUUAGCUGAGGGUAAGGAGUGGUCCCUUGAGACAUCACCUGCCAGAAACUGGACAUCUGCUCAACCCAAGAUGAGCCUUUCAUCCUCUCACCGCUCGGGAGGACCUGGACAAAACGCUGCUAAAUCUAACGACAAAGCUUUUGAAGACUGGCUGAGUGACGAUGUUAAUUCUUAUCAGAGUGGAGGAGGUUACAGCGGCAAUCAAGAGAAUCGGUAUGUUGGCUUUGGCAACACAGUGACCCCAGAGAGGAAAGAGGAAGACUUCCUGAACAAUGCCAUGUCUUCUAUUUAUUCGGGUUGGAGCAGUUUCGCUGUUGGGGCUAGCAAGAUUGCUUCUAUUGCGAAAGAUAAUACGAGUAAACUGGCAAACCAAGCAACUUUAAAGGCCACAGAGUUAGGACAGACAGUAAAUGAGAAUAUUAUCAAACCUACCCAAGAAAAGGUGAAAGAUGGCAAAUUGCUAGAUGAAAUGACAGUCAGCAUCACUGGGCUGGCAACCAAGUUCCAGGGAGCUGGUUCAAAAUUGACAAACCUCUUCUCUGGAAAUCCAGAAGAUGGAUCUGCUGGAGAAAGCUAUCAGAACAUGGAUGCCACUGAGGGGUAUCAGGGCAGUUCUACCCAGCCUGUCUCAAAGGACUUCUGGGAAACCUUUGGCAGCAGCAACUCCUUAAAGGCCAAGAAGUCCCCUAGCAGUGACAGCUGGACCAUGGCAGAGAACUCUGCAAAGAAGAGCUCUGACAGUUGGGAAGCAGCAUCCAACAACAAACACAGCACGGAGGAGGGCUGGGAGGCUUGGGACAACAACUGGGAGAGCGCCGAUGGUAAGACGAAGACGAAGAGUCCCACAAAACCUGCUGAGGACGCCUGGGACAAUGCAGACUGGUAGUGACCUAACAACCAUACCUCUCACAUGUUUCUCCUUUUUCUGGCCUUCUCAUUCUCCCUCUCUCCCUCUGUUCAUCUCACUGGCACUUUCAGGGAAUGAGCUGUCUGUGUCCACUUAGUUCUUGUCAAUCCAUUCAAAAUUGUAUUUAUUAUCAACCUAAGAAUAAAUGAAGAAAGCCCUGGGUUAAAUAAAGCUCAUUACUAAAUAAAUGUUUUGGAAAAAUACAACUAUAUUGACUUCAGUCAUGUAUAUUAUUGUAAAUUACCUUCAUCACAGGGAAUUGCGAUAUAUCAGUGUAGAUAUGGUCAUACAUUUACUGCCUGAAAUCCUUAAUUAUAUAACUAUAAAUGGAAAACUAGAUGGUGUUCAUAAUGUUUUAUGGGUUUAAUGAUACUGGUCUUCAAUUCACCGCAUAAAAAUUAUGCGUGUAAUGGAAAAUAUAAGAUUGUAAAUAUGAUGCCUUGUAAAUACAGAAUGAUUGACUCAACACUGAUCACAAUUAAAUGACUGACCCAUGACCCUUUGCACAUUUUGUGUUUGUAAAUUUCGAUUUUGAAAAGCCUAAUCCUAAAAUGUUAUAAGAACAAUUAAACUACAAUUGGCUACCAUUAAUCAAAUAUAUACAUCAGAAUGGAAUAGGGCUUUAUGUAUUAUCUGUGUGUUAAUAGUGUGCAUUUUCUUCUUUUCAUUUUUUGUUUUUAUUAGAAUGUGCAAAUAGUCAAGGGGGUUUGAUCAUUCUAUCAUUUAGUUAUUGUUUUAAGACCAAAAAAUUCUCCACCGGGAUGUUGACGUUAUUAUAGAUAUUGCUUUUGGGUAAAUGGAUGUUAUGGCUGGCGUCAUUCAAAAAAAUAUUCUGAAAUUUACAUAUUUUAUCUAAAUUGUUGUAUGUAGUUAGUUACAUACAAAUGACUUGUUGAAACUCAUUUUGACUGGAUUUUCAUCCUCACUGUUAAUCAUGGACAACACUCACACUUACUUGUACUUCCCAUUCAGAUGCGUUCAUAACAAAGGUCCACGGUGACAGUUUAAGUAUUCUUGCUGCAGUUUGUUAUUAAUCACAAACUUUCUAUUUGACUUCACAACUGAAAUUAGGAGGAUUUUUGUUUGUUUGUUUGACUUUAUCUUAUAUUAAAGCUGACAGAAAUACUGUUUUUAAAAGAAACUUGCUGGUCUUGAGCAGUUGUUUCAGUCGUCAUUUCCCAGUUUUAUGUUGAAGACACAAACAUUUAAAUAUUUUAAAUCAGUGUUGAAAUAUUGUAUAUAGUAAAUUUCAUAUAAAAAACACUCAUGGCAGGUUUGCUGUAUAUGCUGUAUGUACUUUAUGCAAGCUGUGUUUAACCUUGUCGUAGAGUGGAAGUGCAGAUUGUUAUCUGAAUGGGUUUGUGACAGCUGAACCUGUAACGUGUGACCUCAGCUAACCUGACAGGCCAUUGUAAAUGUCAACAACUCAGUGUGAGCUGCUUUCCACCUUCGUGUCCAGUGUCACUGCACCUUGUUCGUUACGUAUUGUGAGGAUCUGGUGUCACAGUUAUCUUCACACCUGUGCUGACAUCUGAAUUGUGAAGUGAUGUUAAUACAUCUCAUUAUAUGCUGGAUAAUUAGGUGGUCAGCUCUCCAAGCACUUGUUAUGAAUUAGUUCAAUCAAGUAGUACUGGUGCAUCCUCGGUCACAUAAAUGUAAAUUUGGAAAUGAAUCCAAUCCUAUUUGGUCGUUGUAAAAUUUAAAUUAGCUGUCAGGAUUUAGAACGAGACAAGUUUUGCGGCGCGUAACUUGUCUGUGUGGCCUCAAAUUCUUUAUAACCGAGUGUCUUUUAUCCUUCUGUAAAGUUUCAUUUGUAUAUGUAAUACCCUGCAGAUGCUCAGUUUCAUUAAUACAGCAAACUGCUCAGACUUGGAACAGUUCUGGCUUUGAUUUGUGUAAAUUAGUUAGGAUUUUAACUGUAGAUUCUAAAGUUAAUGAUUAAUAUCAGAGAAGAUAUUGGAAUACUUCAAGUCUUUGAGGCUCAGUGUGUUUGCUCAUUGGCCAGUAGUCAAUCUUUAGUGUGCCACUGUUAUUGAGCUGCUGGAUUAUUGUUGUACUUCUACAUGUGCUCCUCAACAGGCCUGGCGAGAAGACUUAUUACAUGUUGCUAUCACAGGUUGUGACCAGUGAGGGAAAACUCCUGCCAACUUCAUUCCAUAACCAUUUCCUACCUCUUAAGAAGUCUGAUAAGUAUCCAGUCGUGGCCAUGUUUUUUUUUUUCUUGUCUUCACCUCCCAGUAUGGUUUUGAUGUUGACCUAGUUAAAACAGGUUCAGAUUGACCAAUUCAAGCGUGUGACAGCAAAGCAGCAAAGUUUGGUCUCCGGUGUUGGUGUGUUUCAUCAGUCACAAAACAAUGAUAUCAAAACGUAUCACUCCUGGAACAUUUGUGUUGCUUAACCUCUGCAGUCAUGUGUUCAUGUUUGCUCGUGUGUUAACAUGCCUUAAACAGCUGUGUUUGCUUUUUGUUAAUAUCGAUGUCAGUUUGCGUGUGUGUGUGCGAUACAGUGAGUUGUACAUGUCAGUAAAUAAUCUAUGAUAAAUCAUACAUCGUUACCCUCAACUUUACUUUUUAAUACUGAAGCGUUAUGUCAGUUGUUUUGUUUUCUUCUUUUUAUCUUCUGAUGGUAUGACAGAUACAUUUCCAGGAAAUAAAUAGAAGACUGUGCCGUGAUGUCUGAGUUUAAAAGGGACUGAAAGAUGUUAAAGAGCUGGUUACUUCUCAAAUGCUGUAGUUUUACUUUUGAUGAAUGUCCUAUAGGGGUUAAAAUUAAAGAAUGUGUAAUGGAAUGAAAUGCAUCCAAUUUGUCUUGAUAUAAGAUAAUAAUUUUAAAAAAAUUAAAAAACAUUUUUUUGCCACAUACCCUGUAUAUAAUUCUCAACCUCAAUUUCCCAGAGCAACAGUUUAGCUCGACAGCAGUGUUUGCCAUUCGAACAUUUGAGAGCGGGUAUGUCCGCCCGCUUGUUGAAGAAACUGUUAUGUCAGAAAUACUAUUUUUGAUGUCAUGCAUGAGGUGUAACAUGGAACUAAACACAUUCAGAUGUUCUUUGAUUUUCAAACGUCGUUUCCCCCGUGAAUUGAAUUGCAGUUGUCUGCCCCCCCCCCUUCAAGUUUCACCAGCAGCCGUCCCUCGAGGUGAGCCAGUAUUACAUGCUCAGUCGAAGCUGUGGAUAUUUUUCCUGUUAACAUGGUUUCUGUGUCGAAUAAAAACGUUUUGUGCUGUGAUCGCAA